AUGCCUGCCCCGCCGCCCGCCUUUGAAGUCGGCCCGACCCCCGCCCGGCUCGAGCCCGGCUGCGAGCAGCACGCCCUCGGGGUCCCAGCCGGGGAUCAUCACGCCGAGUCCACUCGGAUUCCCGGGAUUCGUGGGAAGGCGGCCGAGUGGGGCGGGGACGCUUCUCUUGGCGAACCCCGGCCAUUUGUCCGGCCAGUGUGA